AUGGCACCGAGAACUAGUAGUUGGCCAGUAUGGAGUGGUAUAUUGAGCACGGACAACAAUAUAAAAUCGGCCGACGAUUGGAUUGAAGCACGCAGACAGGAAGACGGUGCAGAUGAGUUGUGGAGAAUUCACGAUGGAUUGUAUAACCUUGAACAAUGGAUACACAAGCAUCCCGGAGGACCACAGUUUUUGGAAAUUACAAAAGGUACUGAUAUCACAGAAUUAUUUGAGUCGUACCAUAUAAAUGGCAAAGCUGCAACGGCGGUGAUGCACAAAUUUUAUGUGCGACAGGCAGAGUCGCCCAGGAAAUCGCCUUUCACGUUUAAACCAGACGGAUUUUACAACGUGUUGAAGUCUAGAGUCGCAAAGAAAUUGUCUUAUGUGGACAGCAAAAAUUAUCAUAUAAAGUCUAUGCUGGUCGUCGACACAUAUUACCUGCUCGCACUGGCCCUGUGCGUUGGAGUGGCUCAGACAGAAAAUUUUUUCUUAGCACUUUUGGCCGGCAUUGUUUUGGCACUCGGGACCGUUGCUAGUCACAACUUCACGCACCUUAAGGACAACUGGAGGAUGUAUUACGUGCAAUUGGUUUUAUUAUCUGUACGCGAGUGGAGAAUAUCGCAUGUACUCAGUCAUCAUAUAUACACGAACACUGUACAAGACUUGGAGAUGUCACUGUUGUAUCCGUUUAUCCAUUGGUUUCCGACUACAGACAAACCAUUCACUGUUCGUUUAUUCCCUUACCUCACCCCCAUUAUAUACCCUUUCAUUAUUCCUGGACAAUUGGUCAUUAGAACUUUCAAGUGCAAUAAUGACAAAGCCGAUCUUCUUAUGUUUGUUAUACCUACAAUAUUGAUGUUUUGUGGACAAAUGACCAUAAGUUCUGUAAUUAUUGCUUGGCUUGUCGUAGUUCUGACAAGUAGUUUUAUGUUUACAUUCAUUGGGUUCAGUGCUUCUCAUCAUUUUCCGGACAACUUUCACGAUGGAGACUAUGUCAAUGAAGAGUACAUUGAUUGGGGAAUACAUCAAAUAGAAACCAGUGCAGAACGAAACGAGCCGAUCAAAAAUAUAUUUAUAACAAUUGCGACAUUUGGCGACCAUACAUUACACCAUUUGUUCCCAGCUUUAGAUCAUAGCUUAAUACCACUGUUAAAAGACACUUUCGAAGAUACAUGUAAAGAAUUUGGUUUGGACCUAACACCAAAAUCAUGUACAACGAUUAUGCACGGACAGUUUAAGCAAUUGUCUCGCGUUACUCCUAAUAAUCCGAAGAAGAAUAGAACUGAUAUACAAUUAGAUAAUAACAUCUAA